AUGGAAGCCUUUCCGCCAGAAGAUUGUGCCCCAGUAAUCAAGGACCUAGACCUAAGUGGAGAAACUUCGCCCACACAACGGAGUUUAGGUCUGCUAUGGGAGAUCACGACCGACACAUUCACUUACUCUGCAUCAACAAUUACCAAACCAUUCACCCGGCAUGGUGUCCUCUCCAAUGUAAACAGUGUUUUUGAUCCUUUGGGUCUGCUGGCACCCGUCACGAUCCAGGGAAGAGCCCUUCUCAGAGAACUUACCUCUGAACAGCCUGACUGGGACACACCUCUCUCUGAGAAUGAAUUAAGCAAAUGGCAAGCCUGGAAAGAUUCUCUCCAAGACCUAGAUCGGCUUCAUGCUCCACGUGCAUACACAACAACCUCACUAGUCGAAACAGUGCACACAGAAUUGUGUGUAUUCUCAGAUGCAUCUACCAAGGCCAUAGGUGCUGUGGCAUAUCUGAAAGCACUUCAGAAAGAUGGACAAGUAGAAGUAGGAUUUGUCAUGGGCAAGGCAAAAUUAGUACCCCUGUCUGAACCUACAAUCCCAAGGCUCGAGCUCUGCGCUGCGGUCUUAGCAGUAGAGAUGGCAGAUCUCAUUAAGGACGAGCUGGAUCUGGAGCUAAAUGAUAUAAAGUUCUUUACCGACAACAAAGUGGUGCUCGGCUACAUUUACAAUGAGUCAAAACGAUUCUAUGUGUAUGUCCACAACAGAGUUCAACGCAUCCAUCAGUCCUCAAAACCUGAGCAGUGGCACUAUGUGCGCACAGAAGAAAACCCUGCAGAUCAUGCAUCACGAUCUUUACCUGCACUAUGCUUGGCACAGAGUUCAUGGUUUACAGGUCCCUCCUUCCUGCGUCAGCCACCUCCAAAAAAGACACAAACGACUGAGAUGUUCGAACUAAUUGCACCCGAAAAUGACCCAGAAAUACGACCACAAGUACAAACAUGUAUUACUAACCUGAAAGAACCAGAGUUUACCUCUUACCGAUUCCAGCGGUUCUCCACCUUCACCUCCCUAUUAAGAGGAAUAUCAUUUCUAGUUCACAUAGUAAAAUCCUACAAUCACACCGUACCUAAAAGUAGUCACUUAAGGAAACUCAGUCCAAUCUUGGAGGACAACUUAAUUUGUGUUGGAGGACGACUAAAGUACUCUGAGCUUGCAACUGCAGAAAAGAAACCAAUAAUUCUCCCCAAAGAUAGCCACAUAUCAUUAUUGCUCAUUCGACAUCACCAUGAGCAAGUGAAACAUCAAGGCCGUCACCUGACAGAAGGAGCUAACAGAGCAGCGGGACUGUGGAUCCUGGGAGGCAAGUCAUUAAUUAAUUCAGUACUUCACAAAUGCAUAACCUGUCGCAAGCUGCGUGGAAAGUUGGAAGAACAACACAUGUCAAACCUGCCACCUGAACGUCUAAAGGUCUGCCCUCCAUUUACAUAUGUGGGGCUCGACGUAUUUGGACCGUGGUCCGUCACAAGCAGACGCACCAGAGGAGGACAUGCGGAGAGCAAGCGGUGGGCCAUCAUGUUCUGCUGCAUGAGUUCAAGAGCAGUGCACAUCGAGGUCAUUGAAUCAAUGGACACGUCGAGUUGCAUAAAUGCUCUCAGGCGCUUCUUUGCACUCAGAGGCCCUGCGAAACAGCUCCAUUCCGAUUGCGGUACCAAUUUCAUUGGAACGUGUAAGGAGCUCGGAAUGGACAAAGUGGUGCAGAAGUACCUCAGCGAGCAAGGAUGCAGCUGGGAAUUCAACCCACCUCACAGUUCUCACAUGGGAGGUUCGUGGGAGCGCCUGAUAGGCAUUGCCAGAAGAAUCCUAGAUUCAAUGUUUCUCCAGCUGAAAACACGUUUAACCCACGAAGUUCUUUGCACACUAAUGGCAGAAGUUACUGCUAUCAUAAAUGCACGACCACUCGUACCCGUGUCUGCAGACCCAGAACAGCCAUUCAUACUCUCACCAUCUAUGCUCCUCACACAGAAGACAGGAGUCCCGCCUCCUCCCGGAGACUUUACGGACAAGGACUUGUACACAAAACAAUGGAGACAAGUUCAGGCUCUCGCAAACCACUUCUGGACCCGCUGGAGACGAGAAUACUUACCUUGCUUACAGCACAGGCCAAAAUGGACGGUACCUCGCAGAAACCUACAAGUCGGAGAUCUGGUUCUGCUCAGGGACAAGCAGACAUCUCGCAACUGUUGGCCCAUGGCCAGAAUUUCAGCCAUAUUUCCUGGAAAGGAUGGCCAUGUAAGAAAGGUUGAAGUCACCACGACUGACCAAGGCAAU